AGAGACACUAGUUCUCCUUCAGGUUAUGUAGAAGUUCACUCAGUGUGUGCAUCUACGUUAAGUAUCUAGCUGAUAGCAGAACGAUGUCUGUUGAUUUGUAGAGUCAAAAGAGAUAAGAUAACAUUUGCUAGAUGUGACUUUUACCGUUGUGUUGUCGAACAGAAAAACAUUUCUUUUAUUGACUGAAGAAAAACGUAAUGUCUCACAGCACAUACAAUACAUUUUGGGGUCAUGCCCAAGUGGAGCUGAAUGACCUUCUGUUACAUGAAGUCCCUGCCCAACCCCCUCGCCCAGAGAGGGACAGGGUAGUGUUCUUCCAGCGCUUGGCUACCUUGUAUGUGCGCUACGUCCAGAUCUUCAGGCAGCUGGAAGAGUGCUACGAUCAGAUGGUCCACCCACAGAAGAGGCGCGUGAUUCGGGAGGUCCUGGAUGGAGUCAUGGGGAGGGUGCUUGAACUCAAGAACGAGAUGGUUGAGAAAGAGUUUUCUGAGUACCACUACAUGGAUGAUGUAGUCCAAGACUUAAAGCUCACCCCUGAAGACAUUGAGAUCCCCAUCCCUCGUUACUUCAUCAGUGAACGCAGCAAAGUGCUUCAGGAUCGAGGGAAGAUGCUCUCUAAAAUCCUCAACAGGAUGGAAGUUGUAGAAAAACCCAAAUCAGUAGGACUGCGGGCCCUCAAUUUGGAAGAGGCCAUAAAGAUCAUUCAGGUGUCGGAAAGGGCAAGGCAGGGACGCCUCAGAGCCAAGUUCAUGACGGAGAUCCAGAGGGAUGAGGAGAGGCAGGGGAGAGCCAAAGACAGAGAUUUGGGGGCAGGUGCCAUCGACAUAGCUGCUGUCCGCAUCCAAAAGAUUUGGAAAGGUUACAUUCAGAGGAAGAAAACUAGGAAAGAACGAGAAGAGGAAAUGAUAUUUCUAGGCAUGGCCCUGGACCAAAGCCACACCCAGCCCUAUCCUGCCAAAGCUGCUGCCUUGGCCAAUCAAUCCUAUCGACGGGCUAAGCAGAAGGAACAUGAAGAGGACUACCAAAAGUCCAUUGUGACUAUUACCAAAAAACUCAGAGAGGUGGAGGGCCCUGACAUGCGGGAGACAAUGAAGGACCAGAUUCGCCAGUGGUUCAUUGAAUGCCACGACGCAACAGGAUCUUUUCCUGACUACCCAGACGAGGAGGAUGGUGGUUCAUCUCUCAUCUUUGCUGAGAAAACACCUCAACAGUUAAUUGAGGAACUGGCAGCGAAAGAAGAGGAAGAUGCCAACAAAAAGCCCAAAGGGAAGGAGGAAAAGAAGGAGAAGGGGAAGAAAGAGAAGGGGAAGGCAGGAGAAGAGGAGGAGGAGCCAGGUUUGAAAAUGCUGCCUUCAGGUUUCCUCUCAGACUUGGAGGUGGCACACAAGACCUUCGCAGAGGUGUGGCAGAACCGCAGCGAGUCCAAAAACUUCAGUCAGAGGCACGAGGCCGAACUGAUCAAGGAGGAGAAAAGGAAAGAGAUUGAGGUGGAGGUUAGACUGCAGGUGGACGAGCUGAUGCGGCAGGAACUGGCCAACUGGAAACUGGCUGUGGACAAAGACAAAGGCGGCAAAGCAAAAGGCAACGCCAAGAAAAAGAAGGGUUCUAAAAGUGGAAAGAAGAAGAAGAAAGACAAAGAUCUCACUGCUGACAGGACAGUUGAGUCCCUAUAUCAAGAGCUGGUGGAACAGGGCUUGUUGAAACAGGCCGAUCCUGUAAAACUAAAGGAGUAUGUAGGUGACUACAGUUACUUGGGAACGACAUUAAGACAGACAGACAUUGAACCCAUGCCCUCACUGUCGGACGUUCGGCAAAUCAUGACUCUAUAUGCAGUUUUGCCUUUAGGUUCGCAGGUGGUUCAUGAGAAGUCUCCUCUGGUCAAGGCUAUCCUGUUAGCCGGCCCGGCGGGUGUUGGCAAGAGGAUGCUUGUCCACGCGGUCUGCCAGGAGACGGGUGCCAACCUAUUUGACCUGUCACCUCUGAAUCUAGCAGGGAAAUAUCCGGGCAAGAAUGGCCUUGCACUCAUGCUCCACAUGGUGUUCAAGGUUGCCAGAUUGAUGCAACCGUCCGUAGUGUGGAUCGGCGACGCCGAAAAAAUGUUUUACAAGAAAGUCCCGAAGGAAGAGAAAGAGUUAGACCCUAAACGGUUGAAGAAAGACCUUCCCAAAAUCCUCAAAUCCAUCAAAGGGGAGGAUCGGGUGCUGGUGGUGGGGACCACGCGAGAUCCACUGAGUGCAGAUCUUAAAUCUCUCUGCAAGGUGUACAACAAAAUUGUGCUGAUCCCACGGCCCGAUUACGCCUCAAGAUAUGUCAUGUGGAGGCAGCUGAUCAGAAAGUGUGGAGGCGAGGUGACCAGAGCUCUGGACCUCAGCUCCCUGGCCAAGAUCUCAGACGGCUACACCCAGGGUCACAUGGUGCAGGUGCUGCACAGGAUUCUCACGGAGCGACGCGUCCAGCAGCUCGCCAAGAGACCCCUGACCGCUGCAGAGUUCGUGGCUCCGCUGGCUAAGAUCGACCCAGUGUUCCAGGAUGAGGAGGAAGCCCUCAAGAGCUGGUAUGCUAAAACCCCUCUGGGCAAGAAGAGGGCCAAGGCUGCUUCAGGAAAGGAGGGAGAAGAGGAGGCUCCCACAAAGGGAGGCAAGGACACCAAGAAAAAAGGGAAAAAAUAAAAACACUCCCAGUUCUAUAAGCAUACACUACCGUUAG